AAUAAUGUGGUUGAUCAACUUACAAUAUGGACAGAAAUGAGCAUCACGGGUCCCUCCCUCCGAAUUGUUGUGUCCUUCUCCUCCCUCUUUAGUGUGCACUGAAUCCAGCCGGCCGCAAUUUCCCCCCUUAAUUUCGGUUGCUUUUGCUUGUGCUUUAAUUAAACUACAACAAUGCUCUCUAAUCCAUACUUUUUAUUUAAUUACAACUUUUGGCAUUACGAUACCGUAGUAUUCUGGUCAUUAAUUGACGACCAUACAAAAAGAUGAUCAACUGAUUCUUUAGCCAACUUACAACAUAGUGAACCACUCGCUUAUUAAAAUUGUUAACUGUAGUUAUUUUAUAAGUUAUUGGCGGAUAUGAAGAAAUGAGUCGGAUGGAACGAGGAUGGGGACUGUGGUUUCAGAAAAUAAUUGUCCCACUUCUCGAUCUCGACCAGUAAUGAACACCAAAUGUCGUCUAUCAGGGCCAAACAAAUGAAUUCGAGAGAUGACUUCUAAGAUUUUCCAUAAGUUAGAAAUACCCGAAAUAAAUUCAAAAUAUGAUUGCAAUCGAUCAUAUAUAUGCUCUAACAUCACUCAUUUGAAUAUUUAUCUAGAAUCCAAACACCGAACCAAAAAUUUGUCGUGAUCAGGGAGAUAAAUCUGUAAUUAACAUCCUAUCUACCGGAACACAAUACUAUAUAUCAAAAACAACAACAACACCACCUCAUCUCUCUCGUGAAUGGAUCAGCACUUGAUCUUGAAUUGGAGCAUAGCCAUGAUUAACGACAUGUACAAUGUCAAAAAGGGGAGUCUGUGUUGUGCUCCACAAACAAGACACAAUGAUUUGGGACUCUGAAAAACAAAAAGAAUUCGAUCCCCUUCUAAUUUUUUCUCCAGCUGCCAAUAAUAUUUGCAGUUAAUGGGAAGUAUCUGGUCCCCAAAUGUAUGUACCCUUCUUCUUCCUCCUCAUCCUCUUACCAUUUUGAACUUAAAUAUAUUCUAUCUUUUUAAUGUGGCCGCUUUUUCUCAUCAUCUCGCCAUAUAUGGUUGGGAAUUCGAUUCUCACUUCUCCUUUCCUUUCCACCCGUAUGUCAACGAUGAACAAUCAUUAUCUUUAGCAACGAAACGUAGGAAUUAGCGACGACCAGUAAAUGGAUACCAUAACGUACUUUGCGACCUUUCCUGACUCGGCGACGGUUUUCUCCGUCGCUAAAGCUAAUUGUUUAUAGCCAUGAAUUACGGUAGAGGCGCAUCACAUUCUUCCAUCACAACUAAGUGCAUUCUGCAUCAGCAAUGCACACUCGCUGAUUUUAGUUGAUUCUGCCUGCACUGAAUUUGGGUUGCAUCACUCUGUAGCCAAAUUCGGCAAACGUAUGCUAAAUCAAAUGUCAAGCUGGGAAAAAAGGAAAGAAAAAUGCUACCUAAUAUUCCUACAAUGGCCACUUAGUAAGAAAUGCUGAACAGUAACAGUAUCUGUGAUUGUGAAUAUAUGAAGGGAAUAACUUGGAGGCUGAAGAGAAGUAGGAACUAACACUAAUGGCAUUGCAGAGUAAUCGAUCAUAGGCUUAAACUAACCCUACGGGGAAGAAGAGAAUGUUCAAUGCUCGAUUGAUCAUCUCCCUGAUCAUUCAAUUACGCUAUUGCGUUCCAAAAAUAAAAAAGACACGCAAUGGGUGUAAAAUACGGUUUCGUUUCACCAUGUUUGUGAUCCUUUAUCCAUUGGUGCAAUUACUGCGCUUGGUGAUUCUGGCGGUGUGCGCCCAGAGCCUGCUUUUUGAUGGCUAUGUAGCCUGCCCUCGUAGGAGAUCUAUUGUUUGUUCGUUUUGGGAGGUGAUUUGCUUCAUCGGUUGUUGGGAGUGAAUCAUUUUCGUUUUAAGGGGACGUGGAAAAGUAGCAGGUGAAUUUUGUGGAUGGAAAACAACACUUCAAACAUUUCUCUAUCUGGUGGCUAGGGCAAUGAGAAACAACCAAUUUAUGUGCAUCAUAUGCAACCUAUGGGAGGUUCAUCUAUAGACAAUUCAAGUACGCAUUAUAUUAAAGGAGAACCCAUGCACGCUCGAUAUUGCCUCCCCAAACCAUAUUGGGGGCAGAACAGGCAAAAGGAGAACUCAUGUGUACCACAUCACAUUCGAAUUGUAAUCCUUACUUUUCUUAAUAGCACCUAAAUUUUUAUUCAUUGUGCUUAUCAAGUCAUCGAAAUUACCGAUCAAUAGCUGAUAAUGACGAACCCUUUACACAACUUGUAUAAAGGAAGUGAUGUGUAACAUCAAAUUACUCUUCACACAACUUGUAUAAUGUGGUAGCAUCAAUUUAACCAAAAAGGAGACAAAAUGCACAAAAUAGUGUGAAGUAUAAACCAUUUAAUAAUUUUAUAUUUUGGUGGAUUUAUUCCAAAGUAAGAGGUAGCUAGGGAGGAGGGAGCGGUGUGGCACAUAUGCUCCUCCAAGUUAUAGUCCAAAAGUAAUUCCAUUUUGCAGCAACCAAUCCUCCCAUCUCUUCUUCCUUCCUUUACACAUUUGAGUCUGCAAUAUAUAUACUCAUAACACACAACUGAAAAUUCUCCCUUCCUCCAACCAAAUAAGUCACAACCCCCAUUUCCCCCCAUCUUCCACAACCCCAUCUCAGUUCCAUGACGGGAAAUUCCCAUCACGCCGGCGGCUGAGCAAGAAAACAGAGUGACUGAGUGAGCGAGAGAGAGUUUUGGUUGUGCCAAAGAACUAAUGGAAGGCAGUAGUAGUAACAGUGCAGUAGGGAGAGCACUAAUGAAUAACAAUGAGAGCCAAAGGCAUCACCUUUUUCCUCAAUCAUCUCCAUUGGCUUCUCCGACCGGCAAUUUCAGCAAUACGAACGGCAGCGGCCACCAAAUCCCCAGAUCUGAUUAUCACCACCACCACCACCACCACCAUAUGAAUCCUUACCCAACAACCUUCGUUCAGGCAAACACCUCAACUUUCAAGCAAGUUGUCCAAAUUCUCACUGGAUCAGCCGACACGGCCAAACAAGCCUCCUCCCCAAGACCCCAAGAUCCUCCUCCACCGCCGUCGAUGAGGGGCAGCACAAAUUUCCCCAUUCCUCCGAUCAGAAGCAUACCCAACAAGAAACAGCAGCAGCAGCAGCAGCAACAGCUCUACGAGAGGAGGAGCAACAGCUUCAAGCACCGCAGCCUGAUGAUCAACACUCUGCUUCCGGCCGCCGGCCGUUUCACCUUCAAUUCCAAUCUCAUCUCGUCUUCUUCCCCCUCCUCCGCCUCCGCCGCUGCGGAGAUCUUGUCGCCGAGUAUGCUGGACUUCCCCAAGCUGACUCUGAGCCCGGUGACUCCGUUGAAUCAAGACCCAUUCUUCCACAACCACAACAGCUCCUCCUCCUCCCCCUGCCCUUCGUCGGCGGGGAACUGCAGUAGCAGCAGCAGCUCGUCGUCGCCAUUGGAGGAGGAGGACCGAGCGAUCGCGGAGAAGGGGUUUUACUUGCAUCCGUCGCCGUUGUCGACGCCGAGAGAAUCGGAGCCGCAGCUGCUGACGCUGUUCCCUUUGACGUCGCCAAGGGCAGCGGAAUCGCAGCCUCCGGAGCCCUGAAUUUUCUUUUACAUUUUGUGAUUCUCUUAAAUGGGUUAUGGACUUAUGGUUAUGGUAAUGGUUUUGAUUUUUGAGGGAGAGAUUAAAGAUGUGUUCUUUAUUUGUUUGUUUGCUUGCCUGUAGCAUUUGAUGAUUGAUCUAUUCUAUCUCUCACUCUGUUUCUCAUAAUAUUAUUAUCACCAAUUAUUAAGCCUCGGUUCCUUCAUGUUCCUCCUGAUAUGAUAAUUUUUUAAGAAACAAUACUAUCGCAACCUAUUCAAACGGCUACAAGAUUUCCUUCUUCUGAAAACGCUUGAACUAAAAGGCGGAUCAAACUACAAGUUUAGUAAGAUUUCAUAUAACGUGGAUUGAACGAAAGCUCAAUAAUGGUUUACCAUAGAAGAGAUUGGACAAGGAAAAGAGAAGAAAAAAUUGAUACAAGAAAUGAGAAGAAGGGCGGGGAAUCGCUACAGACACAAGACUGACAGACACAUUUUUUGACUUUUAAGUCUGACUUCUGCACCCAUUUUUUCCUGACCCUGUCUAUGGUUUCAGUCUGCAAUUAGCUUGCCGACCAGGCAAUUACUACUACCACGACUACAAGCUUGUUUCCACAAUGAGAACAAAACAACUGACGCAGAGGUUGUCCUCGACCUACAUUCUGAUCUAAUAAUAAGAUUUGCCGUUC